GUCAAAAAUCAUAACUCUUCCGCUUAUCCAUAGUGUACACAUUUCAAACCAUUUCUCUUUGAAUUCAGGCUGUUAGGGGUUUUAUUUUUACGCGAAUCGUAUCGCUCUGCGCCACAGACAAAAGUAUAACAGCUAGCUUUGGACCAAAUUCACUUUUACAUCGUGUUUCCUAUUGCAACAUGGAGAAAUUUGAAGGCUACAUUUUCACUGCCCUGUGCAGCGUAAACUUCUUGGUAUCCUGCCUGCUGUUCUCCAGAGUUACUCGGGAGCAGAGGGAGCCGUACAUGGACGAGAUCUUCCACGUUCCCCAAGCUCAGAAGUACUGCCAUGGAAAAUUCAACGAGUGGGACCCGAUGAUCACCACUCUCCCGGGCCUUUACCUCGUCUCCAUGGGAGUCAUCAAGCCCCUGGCGUGGCUCGCCGACCUGAAAGGCGAUGUGGUGUGCUCCACAGCCAUGCUGCGAUUCAUCAACCUGCUCUUCAACUGUGGCAACCUUUACCUGAUCUAUCAGCUUAUCUGCAAGCUGCACCUCAAGGACAAGACACGGACAUCCUCGCGGCGCGUCCUGUCAGCGGUGUCUCUAUCCACCUUCCCCGUGCUCUACUUCUUCAACUUCCUCUACUACACGGACGCCGGCUCCACCUUCUUCAUCCUCUUCACCUACCUGAUGACGCUCCACGGAUGCCACAAGGCCUCGGCGCUCCUCGGCGCCUGCUCCGUGCUCUUCCGCCAGACCAACAUCAUCUGGGUGGCCUUCUGCGCAGGCACCCUCGUGGCCGCCAAAAUGGAUGAGGCCUGGAGGACGGAGCAUACGAAAAAGAAGGAUGAGAAGUCCCCGCCUUCUCAGGUGCCACUGUCAUUUAGUGGGGCUAAGAAGAUAAUGCUUUUCGCCGCGGAGUUCUUCACGUCGCCCGGUCAUGUGAAGGCGGUGCUGCUGGUGGCCUGGCCUUACGCAGCGGUCGGCGUUGGAUUCCUGGCGUUUGUGGUGCUGAAUGAGGGGAUAGUGGUCGGCGACAGGACGAACCACGAGGCCUGCCUUAACUUCCCCCAACUCUUCUACUUCUUCUCCUUCUCUCUCUUCUUCUCCCUCCCCGUCUCGCUGUGUUACCACCGCGCCCUCCGUUUCCUUCAAGCUCUCAAAAAGCAGCCUUUGUUCUUCCUCUUUGUCACCGGCGUCUCUUUUCUCCUCAUUUGGAAGUUCACUUUUGUCCACCAGUACCUCCUGGCAGAUAACCGGCAUUUCAACUUCUACGUGUGGAGAAAACUUUUCCAGAGGCACGAGCUGAUGCGUUUCCUCCUCAUCCCUAUUUACAUCUUUGCCGGGUGGAAUUUUCUGGACUCCUUCAAGUCACGCUCGCUCUUCUGGAGUUUGGCCUUCCUGACGUGCCUCCUGUCCGCCACAGUCCCCCAAAAGCUCCUGGAGUUCAGGUAUUUCAUCGUCCCGUACCUGAUGUACCGUCUGCACAUGCCUCUCCCGUCUCUUCCCAGACUCAUUGCGGAGUUCGUCCUCUACACGGCCGUGAACGCCGCGACUAUUUACAUCUUCAUCGGUAAGACCUUCCACUGGCCGAACAGCACAGCCGUGCAGAGGUUCAUGUGGUGAAGACGAGAGCCAGUAUAUCCCAGAUCCGGUGUAUGUAACGACUCAGAAAUCCCUAUAUUUACUGAACACAACUUUCACUUAUAUCAUUUACACUGAGAUCCAGAGACAGUCAAGAGCUCUAACAAAUGUUGGAUGUUAUCAGGUUGAGUUUGGUUUUCAGUAGCAAAGGCUACAAACCCUAAAUAAAUCCCUUUCUUGUGUUUCUGGAAAUGACCGUUCAAAGUGUUGGUAUCAGUAUCGUAAAAUCAUUGGUACUGGUAUGCAAUCUGGUGAUCUGUUUAUAAAAGCUGUUUGUACCUGAACUGCUGACUUUUCUACUGGGUGAAAAAAAUGAAAUGUGUGAAUUAUGGAGAUAGGCUGUGAUAUUUUCUUUUUUUUUUUUUCCUGUACAUGUAAAAUGAGAUACUGUACGUCUUAUUUUGGAGAAUUAACUGUUAUCACAAGCUGUAAAUAUGAUUAAAGAGACCAAAUUUUAUUUUUUAUUUUUUAUUUUUAACUUUGCCAGUGAAGAACACUGAAGGACAUAUUUGACUUUGACUUUAUAAUAAUUAAAAAUUUGGAGACAUGUCUAACAUUGAGACUUUCACUUUGACCAAGCCAUAAAGAUCUACUGGAGGUGACUGAGAAGUGUCAUUCAUUGUUAAUUUAGAUGUGAUUAUGAU